UGGGCGUGGAAGGAUGAAAUAUGGUGCUUUACAGGCAUGGAAGAAGAUGAGUCAGCACCUCAGGGAGUUCUCCUCGGCGGGCCCGGAGCCCGCUGUUAACCGUGCGGGAGCCGCAGGGAUAUGAAUUGCCGUCGCCCCGGCGCCUGGGUGCCCGCGGCGCGCAGGGACUGAGCGGGAGCCGGAGGGGUCAUGGGGUGUCCUGCGUGGGGCCUCGCCCGCACCCCGGGCACUGCCGUCUCCGGCUGAGAAACUGCUGCUGUGAGACCCCGACAGCUCUUCCUGACAGCUCGGAGGGGUGAACACGAGCGUGAGCUCCCACCUGCCACCACACCUGAGGCACCUGCCCUUGGUCUUCAGAGAGCCCAGUGCAAGCGCCGCGGGAGGAGCUGGGCUGAAUCAAAGACCGUGCGCUCAGUGCCAGUGGCUAAUGGCCCCGAAGUGAAGAGCCAAGCGCUGCUCCGGCGGCGGCGCGGCCGGCCUGCCGCAGAUGAACCCUCCUAACUAGCGCCGAGGGGUCGGGAGGGCCGGCGAGGAGGGGAGAGCCCGAGGGGCCAGCCGGGAAGACGAGGAUAGCGGUGGAUAGCAGUGUGCGGAAGAGGACGGACCCGCGAACAGCUCCACGGCUACCUGUCGACACAUGCUGUGCUCCAUGGCUAACUCGGGCUGCCUCCUUGUCUCCAACUCAGGCAUGCUUCCUCACUCUCUCCCCUGUCCUCCAGCCUUCCUCUACCUCCAACAGGGUAACCAGGACGCCACGGCUCCGCCGGACGCGAUGGCUCAGCCCUACCCCCCAGCCCAGUACCCCCCGCCCCCCCAGAACGGGAUCCCCGCAGAGUACGCGCCGCCGCACCCCCACCCCACGCAGGACUACUCGGGGCAGAGCACGGUACCAGAGCACGCCAUGACCCUCUACACACCAGCACAGAGCCACUCGGAGCAGCCAGGCAGCGACGCCAGCACACAGUCCAUAGCAGGGACACAGACAGUACCGCAGACAGACGAGGCGGCACAGACAGACAGCCAGCAGCUACACUCCUCAGACAACACAGACAAGCAGCAGCCCAAGAGGUUACACGUCUCCAACAUUCCCUUUCGAUUCCGGGACCCCGACCUGCGGCAGAUGUUUGGGCAAUUCGGGAAAAUUCUGGAUGUGGAGAUCAUUUUCAACGAGCGGGGCUCCAAGGGUUUUGGGUUUGUAACUUUUGAAACUAGCACAGAUGCCGACCGGGCACGGGAGAAGCUGAAUGGCACCAUCGUAGAGGGCCGGAAGAUUGAGGUGAACAACGCCACAGCCCGUGUCAUGACCAACAAGAAGGUGGCCAACCCUUACACCAAUGGCUGGAAGCUGAACCCAGUGGUGGGAGCAGUCUACGGCCCCGAAUUCUACGCAGUAACGGGGUUCCCGUACCCCGCCACGGGAACGGCCGUGGCGUACCGAGGGGCACACCUACGGGGCCGAGGACGCGCCGUCUACAACACCUUCCGAGCCGCGCCGCCGCCACCGCCCAUCCCCGCCUACGGCGCGGUCGUCUACCAGGACGGGUUCUACGGAGCUGAGAUCUAUGGGGGCUACGCUGCCUACAGGUACGCCCAGCCCGCGGCAGCAGCGGCCGCGUACAGUGACAGCUAUGGCAGAGUGUACGCAGCGGCAGACCCCUACCACCACACCAUCGGCCCCGCCGCCACCUACAGCAUUGGCACCAUGGCUAGUCUAUACCGAGGAGGGUACAGCCGCUUCACUCCCUACUAGCAAGACAGACCCAGCCCCCCCACCACUGCCCCCGAUGCUCACUAGCACCAAACCAAAGCAGGCAGACAGAGCCGAGGCCGAGCCUGCGGAGGACCCGCGGGUGCUGCCCGGGUGGCUGGGGCUGGCGCCGGGCUCUGUGGGGCCACAGCUCCCCACACCCAUAGGGUUACCUCAGCCGCUCCGUCCUGCCGCCCGCCCGCCUCUCCUGCACCAUCCGCCCGCCCCGGGGACCGCGGGGUGUGGGGGCAGCCCUCAGCCCCAGCAGCGCCCCGUUCCCACAGCCGGGGGCUGGGGUCCCCCCUGCCCUGCCCUGCCCUGGCCGGGCUGCAGAGGGCUCUUCCCCCCGCGGGCAGGGGGUGCUCAGCCCGCAGGGAUGCUCACUCCACAGGCGCUGGGGCUCGGGGUGGCAGCAGCCCCCCGAGCAGCCCCUCUGCCCCCGUAGGAGAGAGAGGAGCCAGCUGGGGUUGCUGCCAGCUGUGGGGACUGACGAGGCUGGGCUGGAUUCAGGGUCCUGGGGCAGCCCACCAGGCAGGAGCGCUUCUCCACCUGACUGUGCUGCUCUGCAGAGUGUGACAGGCUGGGAUGGCUGUGGAGCUCAGUGUGACAGGCUGGGAUGGCUGUGGAGCUCAGUGUGACAGGCUGGGAUGGCUGUGGAGCUCAGUGUGAUGGGCUGGGAUGGCUGUGGAGCUGAGUGUGACAGGCUGGGAUGGCUGUGGAGCUCAG